AUGGCAGGUCUGCUUCUCUGCGCCAUCUUUAUCUGGCUUGCCAGUGCAGACACUCCUUGCUGGUGCGCUAAUGACCAAGUUCUCGGGACAUGGAAGAUAGAAUCCACUGGCUUUAAGUACACAAUAACGAAUGAUAGAACAAGUUGUCCUGCAAGUAUACGUGUAAAAGAGACCAGAAUGAUAACGCUCUUGUCACCCAACGUUGCAGUCGAUGAGGACACAGGAGCCAGCGGGACCUGGUCGCAAGUUUACUCUCAGGCCAUACAGAUUAACAUUGGCGACUUGAAGUAUCUCUACUUUUUGGCCUGGGAGGAUGUGCCAGACUCUUCUACUGUUCAUUCCAUGUGCUACAAGUCCCAGCCAGAGAUGGGGUGGGCCGUGAAACAGGGCAUGAUGCGGCGCUACAGGGCCUGCAUACGCGCCACCAAUGUCAAGCCUCUCCUGACCACAGUUGACAAUUAUUAUGAGCCGUCUGGCCCGGGGCCGGUCAACCCCACUCUUAUUAGAAGAAAACUAGACGUGUCCGUCCCAACGGGAGACAUGUACAUCCAAAUGAAAAAGAACGGUGACGUCACUAAUAUACCAGCAGGCUUCCGACAGUCCUUUUCACAUAGCUUGUUCCCCACGGGUGCAGCUGCCGAGAAUAGUAACUCAUCGUACAGAGGAGAUAAGCUCCCCAAGAACUUCGAUUGGAGAUCUGUCAAUGGUAAGUCAUAUGUCCCUGAACCAUUUGACCAGGGCCACUGCGGGUCGUGCUAUACAGCUGCCACCGUCUGGGCCAUGACAGCACGUGUCAUGGUUGCUAGUGAGGACGAGGACAAGCUCGGGGCGACCAGACGACUCUCUGUUCAGCACGCCCUUGACUGUAACCAGUAUGCUCAAGGGUGCAGUGGCGGCUUUGCCGAGAUGGUAGUUAAGUUUGCAGAAGAGUUCGGGAUCCUUACAGAGAACAGCUAUUACAUAUCGUACCUAUCUGGAGACGGUGUAGAGCGACCGUGCAAGGCAGGUAAGUUCCUAGAAGGGGACCGCUACUUCUUCACUGCAGGCCUUCCUCUUGGGGGCUAUACAGGCGCCGUUACAGAUCCUGAAGAAAUCAAGUGGGAAGUCUAUCGUCAUGGUCCCUUACCAGUCUCCGUUUAUGCAGGUAAUGAUUUGUUUAAGAACUGCUCGCCGUACGGGCCAUCAUCUAGGGCUGCCUAUACUGAUGAUGAUGACGUCAGUGCAAACGAUAAGGCCAAGCGUCACUACUUUGCGGAGUAUCUUGACCAUCUUAUCUUUAUCAUAGGUUGGGAGGAAGACGAGAACGGUGUUGCUUACUGGAGAAUUCAAAAUUCCUGGGGUGCAGAUUGGUGUGACGGCGGUACUUCUCGGAUUGCAUUGGGCCGAAAUGAAUAUGGGAUUGAGACAGCGCCGGUUCCAUUUUAUUGGUGGCGAAAUGGAAGGGUCUAUUACGACGAGGGAUUGGUGGCUGUGUCACUAGCAGAGAUCAUCAUUCUUCCAGUAGCCAUUGUCGUCCUGGCUGGACUGAUUAUUGGCCUAUCCUUCGUCAUUGCCAUAAUGAAGAAGAAUAGACGCCUUAAGUAUCAGAGGCUGCGGGAUGAGCAGACCACUCACUAUGAGUUCACAUCAACAGCUCUAGACUCAACGGUUCCAGAAUCAACGACUGAUCCAUCCUCUUAUCAGUGA